GGUCACGUGCUUUACUGUGCCCAAUAGUGAACAGCCAAAGAGAAAAUAUGCCAUUAAUCCAAAAUGGCGGAUAAUACAGUGAUGGUAACGGCGGGUGUUGAAAAAUCAAUAAAAAUACUGAAAUGGAAAGUUAAGGAAGGUUUUACUAUAUCAAUAGGUCAAAUAAUAUUACUAUACGAUUUUGUGAAUAUUGCCAAAAGUGAACAAAAGAGAUUGAAAGCGAUAAAAGCUGGUAAAAUUAAGCGUCUCGUUGUCAGGGAAGGGGAUAUUGUUGACCCUGGUUCGGCAAUUUUAGAAAUUGAAGAAUGUACUCAUCCAACUGUGAUGAGAGAUAUGUGUGGAGAAUGUGGAGCAGAUUUACGAAAAUCUGCAAACAAUACUAUGCAAUCUACUGGAGCCUCUGUAGCUAUGGUGCAUUCGGUACCUGAUUUGAAAGUAAGUCAUGAGCUGGCCCAAAAGCUAGGUAAAGCAGACUCUGAACGAUUACUUCAGGAUAGAAAAUUGGUUCUUCUUGUUGACUUGGAUCAAACUCUGAUUCAUACUACAAACGAUAAUGUUCCUGUCAAUAUAAAGGAUGUGUACCAUUUUCAAUUAUAUGGACAACAUUCUCCUUGGUAUCACACCAGGCUAAGGCCUGGCACUCAAAAAUUUUUAAAAAAUAUGUCAGCAUUUUUUGAGCUUCACAUAUGCACAUUUGGAGCACGUAAUUAUGCACACACAAUUGCAAUGUUCUUAGAUCGAGAUGGAAAGUAUUUUAGUCAUAGAAUUUUAUCACGAGAUGAAUGCUUUAAUUCUACAACUAAAACAGCUAAUUUAAAAGCAUUAUUUCCAUGUGGUGAUAAUAUGGUAUGUAUUAUGGAUGACAGGGAGGAUGUGUGGUCUUAUGCUCCAAAUUUGAUUCAUGUUAAACCAUAUCAUUUUUUUCGUCAUACGGGUGAUAUCAAUGCGCCGCCAGGACUUGGUAAAACAGAGCAAGAUGAUGUAUUACCGGGACCUGAUCUCACAGGGUUAUCAAAAAUGGUUCGAAAUCUGGAAAGGAAACUCAAAAGUACCAAGAGCAAUGUUGGAGAACUUGAAGAAAGCUCUAGCUUAAAUGUUAAAGACAAUGAACUUCUUGAUAACGAUGAUCAUGAUUUCAAAGGCAGUGUAGAAAAAAGUAAUGCUUGUACAAAAAAUACUGCACUUUCAGAAAAUACUGAAAAUUCAGAAAAUUCUGAAACUACAGAAGUAAAUUCAGAAAAUAUAAGAAAUUCUGAAACGGCAGAAAAUGCUGAAGUUGCUGAAACUGUUGAAACUGCAGAGAACAUAAAAACUAUAGAAGAUGCUAAAACUGAAGAAAAUGUUGAAACUGCAGAGAACAUGAAAACUAUAGAAGAUGCUAAAACUGAAGAAAAUGUUGAAAUUGCAGAGAAAAUUAUAACUAAAGAAGAUGAUAAAACUGAAAGAAAUGUUCAAACUGUAGAAAAUGCUAAAAAUGCAGAAGCAUCUAUGAAUGAUAUCACAGAAAUUGCUGAAUUGGAAGAUAAUUCUAAGGCUACAGAAAGUAAUAAAGAAGAAAGCUCCACAGAAAAUGGUAUUUCUGAGAAAAAUUGUGAAAAUAAAUGUCUUUCAGACGAUAAAGAGGAAGAUGAUGGCCUUAUUGAAUUAGAAGAUGCUGAUGAUUAUUUGCUUUAUUUAGAAGUCAUUUUAAAAAACAUUCAUCAGGAAUUUUAUAGAUUAUAUGAUAAAGAAAAUGCAACUCUACCAGAUUUGAAAGUAGUUAUACCUGCAGUUAAGAAAAAAGUUUUAGAUGGGUUACAUUUAGUGUUUAGUGGCUUGGUUCCAACACAUGUAAAAUUAGAGCACAGUAAGGCGUACAUGGUUGCAAAGAGCUUAGGUGCCACAGUAACACAAGAUCUAACAAAUACAACUUCACAUUUGGUUGCUGUCAGAUCAGGAACUGCUAAAGUUAAUAAAGCACGAAGGAAACAUGGCAUCAAAAUAGUUACACCUGAUUGGCUAUGGUCAUGUGCAGAAAGAUGGGAGCAUGUAGAGGAAUGCCUUUUUCCUUUAACACCAAAACCAUCAAGAAAUCGACAUCCACCGCCUCAUUGCAGCAGUCCAGAACACAAUUCUGAAAUCAUGCAAAUUGAGCAAGCAAAUGAAGCCGGAAAUACAGUGGGCCGAAAACGUACAGCUAGCGGAAGAUUCAUGGACACCAUCAAUCCACUCUUGUCAUUUAGUACAGAUGACAUUGCCGAUAUGGAUAGGGAGGUUGAAGAUAUAUUUAAUGAAAGUGACAGUGAUGGCGAAGCAAAUCAAGAUGAGGAUGAUGAUGAAUUAUAUCAUAAAAAAGAAGAGCAGAGGAUAAAAAAGCAAAUGCAGAAAAUGGCAAAUGAGAGCAUAGAAAUAUCUGAUAGCAGCAGUAGUGAUGUGGAUACUUUGUCAGGAAGUGAGCAUCCUCAUGGCUGGAAUCCUGAGAACUCACUAGAUUCAAAUAUAAAAAGUCUCAAAAGAAAGCGUUCUACAGAGGGCAUUUCAGAUAUAAUUAGUCCAAUGCAGGAUGAAGAAAAUCAAUUUUGUACUAAUACCAAAAGACGUUGGGUAGAAUUGCACAAUGGAGACGAUAGCUCUGGAGAUGAAGCUUCAGAAGGUUCAAGGGGGAGCAAUGAUCCUCCAGAUGAAAUUGAUGAUGGUGAGUGGAAUAUGAUGGGAGCAGCUUUAGAAAGAGAAUUUCUAGGUCUUGAUUAAAACAUUUUUUUUUUUGAGAGCAGUUG